AAACAAAUGGCAUCAUGUGGCCCCCACUCUGCGUUAUAAAUCUCUCCAUUUCUUUCUUUCCCUUUCCCUUUCCCUUUCCCUUUCCCUUCCCUUUUUUCCUUUCCCUCCGCCAUAACUGCAAUCAGUUUCAUCCUCCAUUAAUUGCCCAUAUCCUGAUUGGAGUAGCAACUUGAAAACCACGACCCCACCUCUUCAUCUGGAUCCCACCCGUCAUUCCCAUGUAAUAGGAAAAAUUCGUCACUUACUCUGUUUUUCUCUCUUAUAUAUAUAUAUACAUAUAGCCAAGCUUUGAUUGCUGGAACUGACCCAAUUGCGAAAAAUGGCUCCUUUUGGGUUGUUCAGUUUGGCUCUGUUGAGCUUCUGUGCCCUUGUGCAGCCUUCACUGGUGUAUGGCUUGGGCCGAGGUAUGCUCCGAGUGGUGGACAGCGGUGAUGCUGAAGCGGCUGGAGCUGGAGGUAUCUGUGCUGCCUCGGUGACUAUAUAUGGAUACAAAUGCGAGGAACACGAGGUGAGAACACAAGAUGGAUAUAUCCUUAGUAUGCAGAGGAUUCCUGAGGGGCGUGUUGAUGGUGGAUAUGGAACUAAGAGGCAGCCGGUCUUAAUACAACAUGGUGUCCUCGUGGAUGGAAUGACAUGGCUCCUGAAUUCACCAGAACAAAAUCUGCCUAUGAUUUUGGCUGAUAGAGGAUUUGACGUGUGGAUUGCUAACACCAGAGGCACCAGAUUCUGCAGAAAACACACUUCCCUUGACCCCAUGGAACCGGCCUUUUGGGAUUGGUCGUGGGAUGAAUUGGUUGCCUAUGAUCUUCCAGCUAUUUUUGAGGUUGUAUUCAGCAAAACAGGACAGAAGAUUCAUUACAUUGGCCAUUCCCUGGGAACACUUAUAGGUUUGGCAUCCUUUUCAGAAGGGAAUCAGGUGGACAAGCUGAAAUCAGCAGCCUUGUUGAGCCCCAUUGCUUACCUAAGCCACAUGACCACUGCACUUGGAGUUUAUGCUGCCAAAGCCUUUGUUGGUGAGAUCACUACGUUGUUUGGAUUAGCAGAGUUUGAUCCAAAAGGAGAGCCUGUAUCUAAUUUCCUCAAGUCUCUUUGUGCUUAUCCGGGUGUUGACUGCUAUGACCUCUUAUCUUCACUUACUGGAAUUAAUUGCUGUCUUAAUGCUUCAACGGUUGAUCUGUUUCUAAAGAAUGAACCUCAACCAACAUCAACCAAGAACAUGGUGCACUUGGCCCAGACUGUUCGGGAUGGGGUUAUUACAAAGUUCAACUACGGCAGACCGGACUACAACCUGAUGCAUUAUGGACAACUAAUACCCCCAGUUUACAAUAUCUCCAACAUUCCCCUUGACCUUCCUAUCUUCCUGACCUAUGGAGGCCACGAUGCUCUCUCUGACGUUCGGGAUGUAAAUCUCUUGCUCGAUAACCUGAAGUUUCAUGACGUAGAUAAGCUUCAUGUUCAGUACAUCAAGGAUUAUGGGCACGCAGAUUUCAUCAUGGGAAUGAAUGCCAAGGAUAUAGUGUAUAAUCAAGUUGUUACUUUCUUAAAACACCAGCAAUGAUCCUUACCUCUAGGUUAAUUAUGUUCUAUGUAAUAACGGCCGGAACAAAUGUUUAGUGUUAACAUCUACCCUUUUAAUUAGUUUAAUUAUAUUUAUAAAAUGUAAUGAUUCAUAUAGUAAAGUCCUCUACAUCAA